UAUAGGCUACCUCUGAGACAUAUGAAAAAGUGAGGAACUGGUUUUGAAAGAUCCACUUUGUUUGUGCGCUGACAAGGCAAACAGGUGAAAUUAAAGUGCAAUUUGAGAUGCUGGGAUACCAUUGUUAACGGAUGUGGUCUUGCUGGUAUCUCAUCACUCAAGGAUGUGGUCUCAAUAAGAGUUCUUUAGGCUCUUGUUGGUUACAGAAAUAGUUUGGGGCUCGCCUUUUUCUUCCUCUUAAUUGUACCCUUGGAUUAGCAUUCUCACAGUCAACUAUUUUUGUUUUACAAGUGAAGACUUGACAUAUCCUAAACCAGGACAAUUUCUCAACAUCAACAUAGUUGGAGAAUCUUUGAAGACCUUGUUGGCUAUUGUUACUUUGUGAUAGACCCCUCAAAAUGACCAGUGUGGCAGAAUGGCUCGUGCAGAACAGAGGCAAGAUCGAGAAGGGAGUGGAGAUCAUGGGACAGGCCUCCGCAGUCCUGGCAGCCACUGUGGGCCAGCUCCAUCCCGUCCUUGAGGCUGUGUUCGUAGCCUCCUCUGAGAUCCUCAGCAACCCUGAAGGGCAGGAUGCCCGCUACCUGACUGAGCAGUUCAGCAUGGUUAACCAGAAACUGGAAGGCAUCCAGGCUGAGAUCGAACAAAUCGCCCUGGAGCUGCAGAGGACCUCCUUGAAUAAGCAGAACUUUGACCGUGAGGCACAAAUGCUCAGCCAGUACGAAAAGUUCCAGGACUUUGUCAACGCCAAGCCCAAGUUCAAAGAGAAGAAGAUGGAGAAGUUCCUCAGCCAUUAUGAGAACACGGACGCGGACUUGAACCUGGACGCGCUCUAUAAUGCCGUUACCGGGGACAAUACCUCAGGUGACCCCAUGCUGGAGACAGUGGUUUCCACAGAACAAAGGAGUAGAAGGGCGGUAGAAGAUUUCUGCGCCAGGCUUAAGAAGCUCUUUGUGGUGGGCAUCAUUGCUGUCAUGGGUUACGCCAGCCUCAAGGAAGGGGUUGUGGGGGAUGAGAUGGUGAAGAAGUGGCAGGAGCGUAUGGAAGAUGUUGAGACCCGCAUGAAAGCAGCGGUGGAUGAUUGCACAGAAAACUUUGCGGAUCAGGCCAAACUGGACAUGGAACAUCAUCUUCAGGAGAAACCUGGCAGUGUUGACCUUGACUUCACCAAAUCCCUAUUAGACACCCUUAUUAAGAAAUUUGACUGGGUGAGCUGGUCUAUCAGGGUCUUCAAUGACAAGGAGCGCAUUUUCUUUUUCAACUGGCUAGCUGGAAAGAAGUACCAUGGAAGUAGAGGAGGAGCUAAUUACUUUGAUGUGUUGACCAAGAACAACAUCAAAGUGGUGAUCUCUUUCAGUGUUCAGCCUAAGCCUAUCAACAAGGGUCAGAUCCAGCAAGAGAUUGAGGGGCAGAAACUGAAGGGGAACAUGUUGAAUGUGGCUCAGGUCCUCAGCAGAAGUCUCCCCAACUGCUUGGUGCAUGCUGUCAGCCACUAUAAGGAAGUGGUGGAGUCCAACAACUUCCAAGAGGAUUGUUAUUACUAUGGAAAACACAAAAAAGCUUACCUAUGUGUUCAUCCUGAGUAGCCUUUUGUUACACAGUGCAAUGGAAAAAAGAGUAGUUAUAAUGGGGAAAACUACAAAUACAAUUCAUGAAUGUUUAUAACUGAGUUUAGAGGUGUUUUUAUUGAUGCUUUAGCAAGUGGUUGUGUGAAAUGUAAUCUCUUGUUACAGACUGCACAAUUUUAUUUGUUUAUUGGCCUUAUAGAUUUUUGUGUAGUUUGUGAUAAUUUAAACCAGGGGUGUCAAACACAUGGCCUGCAGCGGCCAGAUUUUGGGGGGGAAACAAUGGAUAGUGGACUGUCUUAUGCAAAAUUUCACGGCAAAGAAAUAUAACCAAUUUUUAGUACGGCGCCUCUAUCUCUUUGAAGUCUGAAUGCGGCCCCCUGGGCAAAAUGAGUUUGGCACACCUGGUUUAAACUAUCAGGAUUUGUAUAUGUGUAUUAAUGGACAUAUAUGAGACAUUUUAUGCCAGGCUGUGGCUAUCUACUCAACAACAAUGUCAACAUAUGAGAACUUAGUACUUCCUCCUACCAAAUAGAAUAGUAAGAUACCAUAUUUGACCUGCAUUCCAGUAUUUCAUGAUGACCAUACUGUAAAUUAGCACACCAGCCAGCGUAAUAAUGUGUUAUGUAAGUUUUCAGCAAACAACCAUUUCUCCUCAUCAAUGUACUGAGGACUUGCUCAAGCUCCGUUGGAAAAUGCUGUUGAUAGAUACAUCACACUGUCGAAAUCUAUAUCCUUACAACAUUACAUCUCUGUCUAUAUUCAUACAUUUGAUAUCCUUAUAAUUUCUCAUGUUUAUGGUCUUCUUUAUUCAUAAUAAACCACAAUAUAAAGGA